AAAUUGUCUUGAGAAAGACCGACCAAAGCAAUAAACAGUUACGACAUUUUUCUGCAUGCCAGAGAGGUUCUAAAGCUAAUGGAGCAAACAUACUUCAUUAUGGAAAACUCGUCGAUUGUCAGCCCAUCUUGGCAGAUGCCUGAAUACACUCGAGAGAGCUGUGCACCCUUGGGGAAAGAAUUUUUUGACUCAAUGGACCGUGUUGACGAAGGAGCAUUGGCAAGACUCAUAGUUGAAAUGCAGUUGAACACGUUACAAGAUUUGCCGGACCUUCGCACGCUUUUCUUCAGAAGAAAGCAACAGCAGAAGAACUACGUUGCGUCGCAGUACGGGAGGAUACAAGCUUACCGCAUUCAACAGCAAUAUUCGUCCCCUGUUCAUGGAUCGAAACCAUGGCCCAUGCAUGCUUGACAUGUCACGAUCGUCGUUAGAAGUCUCGUGAAUACCACAAAAUGACCUCCGCAUAUUUGGUCGCGGACGAAACGCUUGUAAAUAGAAAGAAGAAUAUUUAUAUUGAAAAAUAUAAGGCAACUGGACGACAGCAGGACUGUUCAGCUCUAACUGCCGAGACUUUAUUCUGUAUUGGAAGCAGGAUAUUUUUUUCCAAGCCAAAAACAGUGAAAUGAGACACUGAGUUCUGUGACCAGUUUUGAAAAUAAAUUUUUCAAAUCUCUAAAAUAAUAUUCACAGACAAAACCACAGAAGGGACAAUAGUGACUCUGUUUGCAAUAUUCAAAUAUCGCUUAGAUUAAAACACAACGAAUUAUAGAUAUCUGUGGAAGCUUGUGUUUUUCUUCUGCAAUGAAAAGCGGGCAAGAGUUGUCGCAAUGUAAAUACAGUACAGAAAAAAAAUCACUUAAUUUAAAGACAGUAUUUUUUAUAGCCUUGAAAUAAGACGAUAUGAAGAAGAGAAUACGCUUGAAAAAAUUUAUUUCACUUGGUUAGCGUGUGCGUGACAAAGAGAAAAAACUAUUUACAGAUGUAAAUUUGCGUAAGUACGUCUUGUAACAGUCGAAUUAGAAUAAUAAAAAAAGAGAGAUUUGCAUAAAACUGAA